AGAAGGUAUUUGGACCGUCAAAAUUCCUUCGAUUUCCAGCUUUUUAACUAUCAUACCAUCUUCAGUUCUCUCCACAGGCUGGGGAAAUUAUUAUUUUAAAAAUCUCAGUGUCUCCAAAACGUAUUGUGUUUGUUGAGUUGUUGCCGAUCCCAACGAGCAAGAAACCUAUUCUUCCUUCUCUUUUCCACUACCAAGCCAAUUUACGCUCUUGAGUGCUCGACCAGCAACCAUCUGUUUCAAAUCCCACUACAAAGCGCAAUGCCUUCUGAUAAUAUUUUCCAGGCACUAUCCAAAGAUGCUCCGCCAUCUGUGAUAGCCACGCGUCCAGACCACCCCGUGAAGCGACUGGGUAUAACGGCGCAGAAAGCUCCUCUUUCUACAAACAAGUUUUACGCCAACUUUUUCCUCGGCGAUCAAAGCCACGCAUCGUGGACGCAUCCAUACUCGGUGGUAUGGCCGAAGGGUGGAGGUUCCUCCAAGAGCUGGGGCCUUGCGGUUUCUCAUAUCGAAGCCAACCAACGGGCCUUCGGUCCAGACCCGAAAGCAGAUCCAGCUGAAUACUUCGUCAACCCGAUCGGCAUCCAACAUGUAGUUUUAUCAGCAGCUGAGCUUGGGACAUCGACUGCUCUCACCACGGACAGCCUCACCAGCUCCUCCGUGAAUGUUAAUAUCCUAGCAAGUGCGGGAAGCAAGCCCGCGAUCACGUUUCCUCUUGUCCAGGGAAUAGGAUUCAUUACCGGAAUUUACAAUGAUUCUACUCCUAUCCUUCAGAGUGGCGUGUUAUUCCGGACGAUUACGCAAGCAAAAACAGCUCCAAAGGAGGGGGUUACCAAGUACACCAUUGUCCUCGAGGAUUCAAGCACAUGGCUCGUCUAUGCUCAUGCUACAUCUAGGCAAGGUCUUGAGCUUAGUAUUGCCAAUAACUCACUUAUCAAAGCCACGUCCAAAUUCCAGGGCACACUUCAGAUAGCUAAAAGCCCAGUUGCAGGUGCCGAAGCAGUGUAUGAUGCCGCCUGUGGAGCAUAUGCCACUGGAUCGACUAUGACCGGUACCGCUAAGGGCCCUGCUGGCACAUAUACGAUUUCUUUCUCAAAGGGGGGCCUAAAAGAUUCCACCCUGGUUAUGUUUGCAUUGCCUCACCUCGUUGGGUCCUUCUCAUCCACUACCAAGGCUGCAGCCAAAGACGUAAAGCUGCAGACUACAACCAAGGGCGUCGCAACAGCUGUUGUGGCCGACUCAUGGACAAUGGAAGAGCCAAACAUGCCCGUUGGAAUGGGUUUUGCACCUUGGAGCCCAUCUCUUGGAAAUAUUGCCGGACUAUCGCCAGCAGCGAUUACUAGCAUUCAAGAGGUUGCGGCCAGCGACCUGAAGCAGGAUAUGUCCGCUCAAUCAAACGGGGAUUCAUUCUACUUCAGUGGGAAGGCGCUUGCCAAGUUUGCUCAAGUUAUCUAUGCUUCCAAGGACUUAGUGAAGGAUGAAGCUUUGGCUCAAGAUGGCCUGACGAAGCUCAAGGCCGCGUUCGAAGUUUGGACUACCAAUAAAAACAAGUACCCGCUAGUUUACGAGCAGGCGUGGGGUGGCAUCGUCUCGACGGGAGGUUAUGUAACUGGCGAUUCUGGAGUGGACUUUGGUAAUACCAACUACAACGACCACCAUUUCCACUUUGCCUACUUUAUUUUGGCAGCAAGUUACAUCGGUUAUCUUGACCCUACCUGGCUUGCCAGCCACAAGGACUACAUCAACACGAUGGUUCGCGAUACCGCCAAUGCAAGCAGCGAAGACCCUUACUUUCCAGUUUCUCGAGGAUUCGACUGGUACAAUGGCCAUUCCUGGGCCAAGGGCCUCUUCGAAUCUGCCGAUGGCAAAGACCAAGAAAGCAGUGCUGAAGACGCUUGUUUCGCGUACAGCCUGAAGAUGUGGGGUAAGACAAUCGGAGAUGCCAAUCUUGAGGCCAGAGGAAACCUUCAGCUCUCUGUUGUCGCCCGUUCGAUCUCCACGUACUUCUUGUACACGAGCGAUAACGCUGUGGAGCCUAAGAAUUUCAUUGGCAACAAAGUUUCUGGGAUUCUCUUCGAGAAUAAGAUCCACCACACUACGUACUUUGGUGCCAACACGGAGUAUAUCCAGGGCAUCCACAUGAUUCCAUUGUUGCCCAGCUCAUCACUAACACGGCCGAGAAAGUUUGUUUCUGAGGAGUGGGAUACAUUCUUCUCUAAUGACAGAGCUAAGAAAGUUGAAGGAGGGUGGAGGGGAAUAUUGUUUGCGAAUUUGGCACUCAUUGACCCGAAACAAAGCUAUAGCUUCUUUGCACAAGAAAGUUUUGAUAAUGCUUGGUUGGAUGGAGGAGCCAGCCGUACAUGGUACAUGGCGCUUGCUGCUGGACUUGGAGGCGCCUAGGAUCAAUCGGACUUGGUGACUGAGAGCCGGGUGCUGGCAUGCGUUUCACAGAAUUCCGUGACCCUUUGGAAUUCCGUAAAGCUGGUCACGUGCUACAGGGAAAAUUAUCCGAGUUUCCCCGGCCCGGCAAUUGGGAGUGUAGUAGCCGAAUGACCAAUGAGAGCAUGGCUCAUACCAAAGCAUACCACAGAACAAAUACUGACGUUAAGAUGGACGAGUAAUAUAAUGAUAAUG